CAGUGACAUCCUGGAUUAUCCAUGAGUUUCGCCAAUCCAGAAGCAGGGGUGGGUCGGUGCCGACGCCUGGAAUUGGUUUGGCUAGCCUUGAUUUAAAGAGACAGAAGCUGCCGCGGUCUUAGGAGACCAUCCCCAAUACCAUCCCCCGCCCCCCCGAGUCCUUGGGACCAGUUGGGUCCCCAGAGCUGGGGAAAUGGUUUGUGGUGGCUUUGCCUGCUCCAAGAAUGCGCUGUGCGCUCUCAACGUUGUCUAUAUGCUGGUGGGCUUGUUGCUCAUUGGAGUGGCUGCUUGGGGCAAGGGCCUGGGUCUGGUGUCUAGCAUCCACAUCAUUGGAGGAGUCAUUGCUGUAGGAGUCUUCCUUCUCCUCAUCGCAGUGGCUGGAUUGGUGGGUGCUGUCAACCAUCACCAAGUCCUGCUAUUCUUCUACAUGAUCAUCCUUGGUCUGGUCUUCAUCUUCCAAUUUGGAAUCUCUUGUUCAUGCCUGGCUAUUAACCGCAGCAAACAGACAGAUGUCAUCAAUGCUUCUUGGUGGGUCAUGAGCAACAGUACCCGGCAUGAACUGGAAAGAAGUUUUGACUGUUGUGGCUUGUUCAACCUCACAACCCAGUACCAAGAUGAUGCUUCCUGCAAUGCACUCUGCAAGAACAGAAACUACACAUGCCAGAUGUGCGGAGAAAAGUUUCUUAAACAUUCAGAUGAAGCCCUGAAAAUCCUAGGUGGUGUUGGACUCUUCUUUAGCUUUACAGAGAUCCUCGGUGUUUGGCUAGCAAUGAGAUUUCGGAAUCAGAAGGAUCCUCGAGCUAACCCCAGUGCCUUUCUAUGAGACUUUGGGUCCUUUUAACUUCCCUGCUGUCAUCUUAUUUCUCCUUUAAGGAAAACCUGGAGUCUAUAUCCUUUUUUGUUUGAGAAAAAGGAAAGGCCCUUUGUUCCAUGCUGUAAAAUUGACUGGUUAGGGCUUGACAUAUUUUGAUGGGAGUAAGAUUGUAGGGAAUAGAAAGAAAAAUUUCAUCCCUCCUUCCCAUGUGGAUAUGGACAGUUAGUGCCUGGGAAUACAUGGACAGGGGCUGGAGUCAUUCAUAGCUGUUUCCCUUCUACAUGCCAGACCACCUCAGCACACCUGGCCUGGCUCCAAGGAUCAAUAAGGAACACAGCCCAGAAAACUACCAAGAAUUGUUAAAAUAUGUGGGGCCCAGUUUGAGGAAGUUCAGAGAAUAUAAAAAUAAAACUCAUUUUAGCUCCAUAAUCAAAUAAGCACCUUAAGUUUCUUUCUAAUCUUUGCCAGUUGGGGGGCUCCACUGACUGCCUAGGCCCUGUGUAUCUUAGGGAGUCUUUAAGGUUCUACAGAGAAGUUCCUCCUUUUAAGUAGUCUGUCCAAUCUCCCAAAGGCAAGGCCAAUGAGAGAAACAUUAAAAGAAAGAAAAAGACCACA